UCAAUUGAAAAAGAUUCGUUCAAUGGAAGUUUCUUGGGCAUUGGGUGCUGGUUUUCAUCUUCUAAAUUCUUAUCAUGAAAAUAAAUUGAAAGAAUCUCGUGAUGAGAGGCAGCGACAAUUGAAAGAAGCUUUGGAACGUGAUCGUGAGGAUUUGGAAGCUCGACGCAAAGCAAUUGAAGAAAAAGAGGCAGCCACGGAUAAAAGAUUGGCCUCUUUGUCAACGCUGGCGAAGAUAUUUCAUUGGUUUAGUGAUUGGAUGACGCAUUUGCUCACAUCGCUUAAUUUGAUUUCAUGA